AUGGAUGUCAACAAACGAGAGAUGAACACUGCUGGUUACCCACCAAAGUCAAAUCAAACCUCCACUGGAUUGAAGAAUGUGGCAUUUCUUGCUUCAGGUGGCAUCAGUCCACAAGCUUCCGACUUAAUUUACGCCAACGCUUCCACAAGCGCAUCGAAAGCUCCACAACCUAGUGAGAAGACUAUCACGGUUGGUGAUACACAAGCGUUGAAAGUGUCGACUGAAAAUGUGGCACUUUUCAACAUGUUUCUGAGCAGCUAUGAAGCUUUGAUGUCUGGAGAAUUGAAGAAGGAGAUGUUCACUGCUGAAGACAUGUAUCAGAAAUUUCAAGACAAAACCGGAAAGCGUUUGGGUCUUGGAAAAGCUGGUUUUGAUAAAUCCAAACUAAGAUGCUACAACUGCAAGAAUCUGGGCCACUUCAAGCGUGACUGCCCCUUGUUGAAAGAAGGAAACAUUGAAUCAACUCCUACUGUAAAACAAAUCACAGUCGAAGAAAACAAGAACAAUGCGUCUCCUAGCACGCCAAAAGCUUUAGUCGUCGAAGACUAUGAUUGGAGUGAAGAAAUUGCUGAAGCUAAGGAGCAAGUCAACAAAGCUCUCAUGGCAAAGAUCUCAAGCGAGUCGUCAUCAAAGCAGUUUGAGAAACAAACAGCUGGAAUUCCAAAAGGAGACAACACUGCUGACAAAGGCCUGAAAAGCAUUCUUACCUCCAUGGAGCCUGAGAAAGAAAAGAAGUCUGGAGAAGCAAAGGAGCAUGUUUCUGAGGAGGCAUCUGAUCAGAAGAAGGGCAAAGAAAAGGUCCCAGCAGCAGCUAUGAAAACAGAAUCUUCAAAAGAAAAGGCUGACAAAGACUUGGUAAACAGUAUUCCACAUAGUUUUAAAGUAAAGCUAUGCUCACCUGCAUGCGUUGAUGUUGUGGCACAUUACAAGUCUCUAAAUCUAGAAUUUGAGAGACAAAAAGACAAGGCUUUAAAAUUUAACAAUGAGCUUAAACAGAACGAGGCCGCAUAUCAGAGAAAGAUGGAUGACUGUAAUGGCGGUGUGCCUAAAUUUAAAUCUUCGGAUGACUGUAAGGGCCAUGCAACUACAUUUGAGACCCGUGAUCGUGAACAUUUUGUGUCUGAAUGUCAUGAUUUAAAUUCUGCAUUUUAUGAUGAUAGAAUUGUUUGUGAAUCUCCUGUAUUUGUGCCAGAAUUGAAAAAGAAUAGCUUUGGAAAUUUCCUCACAGAGGAAAUUCCAGAAUUUAUUCCAUCUCGAACAGGUAUGACAGAUUCAGAAAAGAGUGUCACUAAAGAUCACUGCAAUGGAGACUCAAGCAUCACUGCCUCAGAAGAUAAGCAAAAAUCAGAAAGCUCAAAUGAAGAUCAAACAACAGAUGGUGAAAGUCUCGAAUUCUUGAGUAAAGAAACCCCGAAAACCUCAAGUGAAGAUCAAAUUACUAAUGAUGAAAGCUCCAAGUGUUCAAGUACCGAAGACCAAGACUCAGAAAGCUCAAGCGGAGAUCAACGCUACAAUGAUUCAAGUUACGAAAAUAAACUCCAGAAAUGGCUUCGUAUGCUCAUGGAGUACAUCUGGCAUGUCGACAGCGGAUGUUCAAGACACAUGACUGGAUUGAAGGAACUUCUGAAGAACUUUCGCUUCAACGAUGGUGAUUUCGUGUCUUUCGCUGGAGACGAGAAAGGAGGGAAGAUCGUUGGAGUAGGAGAUGUGGUGUCUGAAGCCCUUACUUUGGAAAAUGUCAAAUAUGUUCUAGAAUUGUGCUACAAUCUCAUGAGUGUAUCACAAGUCUGUGAUAAAGGAAUAUCGGUGCUUUUCAAUGACAUGGAAUGCUUGUUUCUCAAACCUGGAUAUGUCGUUCCUGCAGAAAUGAUCAUGCUCACUACUCCAAGACAAAACAACACAUACGUGCUCAACAUGAAAAAUGCCAAGACAAAUGACAACUUGACCUGCUUGAUUUCAAAGGCUUCAGAGUCGGAGUCACUGCUUUGGCACAGGCGAUUGGGGCAUGUUAAUUUCAAAAAUAUGAAUAAGCUCUCUAAGUUAAACUUAUUGAGAGGUCUUCCGAUUAAAGAAUUUCCGUUUUCUGAAAAAUGUAUAGCAUGCGCCCAGGGAAAGCAACAUAAGAAAUCGCACAAGUCCAAAGCAAUGAAUAUGAUUAAUGUGCCUCUUCAGUUGAUGCAUAUGGAUCUCUUUGGUCCAAUUAGUGUUAAAAGUCUUGCUAAAAGCUCUUACUGUUUGGUGAUCACAGAUGAUUUCUCUCGGUUUUCAUGGGUUUAUUUUCUUGAAGCAAAGAGUGAGACAGCUGAGAUUCUCAAGUCAUUCAUUCCCCUGAUUGAAAACGUGACCAGACUAAAGGUGAAGUCAAUCAGAAGUGAUAAUGGUUCCGAGUUCAAAAAUCAAGCCUUCAUAUCCUUCUGCGCAGAAAAGGGAAUUCAUCUCCAAUACAGUGCAGCCAGAACUCCUCAACAAAAUGGAGUCGCUGAACGCAAGAACAGAACGUUGAUUGAAGCUGCAAGAACCAUGCUGGUGGAUUCAAAGCUUCUAAUCAUCUUUUGA